GCUAAGAAAUCAAAUGGUCGGAGAGGGGUAAACAAGGACAACGUCACCGGCAGACUUGCCGUAUUGGGUUCAGAUCUGAGCACGCACUGUAUCCUCGAAUGGCUCGUUGCUGACUGCUUCACCGCUCUCCACUACCACAACCAUCCUAUGGCGUCUGCCUAUCCACAGGACUCGUCUCUAGUGCAACGACAUAAACGCAGGGGAGCUGCUCUCAGCUGUGCCGAGUGCAGGAGAUUGAAGCUCAAGUGUAGUCGUGUGUUUCCUUGCAGCAAUUGCGUGAAAAAGGGAUGUGGUCCCAUAUGUCCUGAUGGGUCUCUGACGACCGGCAAGGGAAAUCGUUUCGUCCUCGCCAAUACUGAGGCGCUCCACGAUAAGAUUGGACAACUAUCAACUCGCGUGCGACAGCUCGAAGAUGCCCUCGCUGAAUCACAUUCUUUGAAUUCCCCCCAUCCUCACCCUCUACUAAGCGAAGAGCUCCUACAGAUUAAGCGUCCACUGGAACGAGAGAGACUCGACGAGCAAACUCAAAAGGAGAACCACGCGGAAAAUGCAGACGCAAUUAACGCCCUCGGCUCCCUGUCACUAUCGGAACGAGGACGAUCGUCGUUCUUUGGCCAAGCUGCCAAUUCCUGGUAUCUCCUGAAGAACGAAGAAGGUUCCGAAGAAGAUGAUGACUUGCCCACAAACUUUGAAAUCACGAUUCCGAUGGAACUGCCAUGGCUUGAGCACGCAUUUCCGUUCACUCCAUCUGUUAGCAGAUGUGCUGACGAGAUUCGGCACUCUCUACACGGUUACUUGCCUAGCGCAUCUGUGGCUAGGCGACUGUCAGAACAAUACUACCGACAUGCGGCUUGGAUGUAUAUGCCCAUCAGCCAGAAAGACUAUUUUGAUACUAUCUUUCGCCCUGUGUAUGAACAAGAGUACCCUUAUGGCGAGGCGAUCAAUUCUCACAGUCUAGCACUACUCUUCAUGGUCCUGGCCAUGGGUGCACUGAUGGACCUCGAAUUGCCAGCACAUUCACCUGAAGCGAUUCAGUAUUAUCAACUAGCAAAGGCUGCGCUUUCCAUCAACUCUGUCUUUGAGGAGCAGUCAAUUCCGGGGAUACAGGCAUUAUUCAUCAUGUGUCAUUUCAUGUUUUGGAAUGACACCGAAGCUCGUUGGGUAAUGAUGGGAAUCAUAGUAAAGUUGGCGCAAAGUGUUGGACUCCAUCGUGAUAGCGGCAAGUGGAAUCUUGAUCCAGAAGAAUCCUACCGGAGGCGCUGUCUUCUCUGGGAAUUAUAUGUCUACGAUUCAUGGCAGUCUCUCACUUAUGGAAGGCCUCCAUCCUUCGCUAAUGUCCAUGUGGACGCCAAGUUUCCUCAAGAUGCACCGGGUACUCAUAAUGCCAAUGGAGAAAUGAGUUUCUCUGCUUGGAAGUACACAUUCGCCUCGGAAUGUCUGUCCAUUGUCCAUGAUCAAGCUUUUGGUGCGCGUCCGCCCAGCUACAAAACAUUGCAAGAUCUGGAUAGAAAGGUACGGUCUUACUAUGUUCCUCCGAGCCUCCAGGUGCCUGGAUUUGGCGGCGCGAGGAUGGGACCGGAGCUUGAGCAACCUUCGACGCAAUUGACUAUGCAGCGCUACAUUGCAUUUGCGAUCAAGGAGAUCACACUUUUUUAUAUGCAUCGAGGGUUCUUUGCACAAGCACUUGAGGAUCAUCCCUUGGAUCCUAUGGGUAGCAAGUAUGCGCAAUCGGUGCUGGCUGCCUAUACCAGCGCAUGUUCGUUCGUGGGCUUGGUGGAGAGCCUUUUCAAGCAACAUCCCGCCUUAACGGAGCGCAUGUGGUUUUUGUUUACCCACGUCUUUUCUUGUGCGAUCGUGCUUGGUUCAAUUGCCAUGAAAGCUCAGAUGGCCCUUGCCCCAUCGGCGCUAUCGCACCUGGAAUCUGCCCAUCAACUUUUCUCCCAAGUCUCGGAAAGUUCCAGGACUGUAAAGAUACUUGCAGUCCUCCAGAAGCUCAAAGAACGGGCGCAUACGGCUCUUUCGAAGGUGCGCGGGCUCGUACCGCCUGACCCGAUAUCUCGUCCCUACCCCGCUGUCCGUGUCAAAGAAGAAGUUGAUGAAUUCGCAGCCCUAGGUGGUACGACACGACUGGUUUCACGGAGAACGUCUUCUCUUCCUUCUUCCCCUUCUUCCCAAGCUGGCUCUAGUCCCGUGUCUCAACCUGCAUCACCGCCCGGCCCCGGUUCACCCAUCACUCAAGAACCCCAAGGCGGUUAUCAGUCAAUGCAAGAAUCUGUGAACCAGUGGCAAACAUAUACCCCUCAGCCGCAACAAGAAUACCAAUUGGCAGAAUACCCGUUGUACCCUAACGUGCCCCUUCAAUCGGAGAGCGCCAUGGUAUAUAACAUACCGCAGAACCAGCAUGGGAUGACGUUGGACGUUAUGCCCGAGUAUUAUGGAUAUAGCAACGGUAAUGGGGCCAACGUUAGAGUUGGAUAUGGGCAGUAUACCAUGCAACAUCCUGGGGAGUACAGCGCUCCACCGGAUCAUGAUUUACAGGUUUCGUGGUCAAAUUUUAUGGCGCAAUACAAGCAGAUCUAACAUAUUUUUGGCGUACUUUUUUUUUGAUGUCGUUGGAUUUUCAGAUGUAUUUGUUUAUGGCAUGUACUUGUAUCGCUCUAGUUGCUGCUUCAUAUUACGGUCGUGUAUCUUUAUAACGUCGCAAGGACAAAUAUAUUUCUUGUUUAUUGCACUUUAUGCUGUUCCGGUCACGCCGCCAAUAAUUGCGACAUAGGAC